UUCAUUCAUAUAAUAGUUUUUACGGGUUCGUGAUUCGGUUAUUUUAACGACUCUAUAAAUAGUCGGGGUGGAUGUCCCGUGAUGCAGCGCGGCCAGCCCGUCCGGACCGGGUCCAGACCGACGGCAGUGAUGGCGGCGGCUCGGAUCCUCCUCACGUAAACACCGCCUACCGUAGACGCUCCGGGGCCGAGAUCAGCUCCGAGCCGAGCUUUCUGCGGGGAAACUCGACUUGUUAGCGGCACUAGAGCCAUGGAGGAGCAGCCCGGCGGAGCGGGAGCAGCCGUGUCCCCGCGGCCGCAGCACGGCGCCAUGCUGCCGCAGCCCGGGGAGCACGACGGCCCGCGGCCGCAGCAGCACUACACCGUCCCCGGGAUCCUGCACUACAUCCAGCACGAGUGGGCCCGCUUCGAGAUGGAGCGGGCUCACUGGGAGGUGGAGCGGGCCGAGCUGCAGGCUCGGAUAGCGUUCCUGCAGGGGGAGAGGAAAGGUCAGGAGAACCUGAAGAACGACCUGGUUAGAAGAAUUAAAAUGUUAGAAUACGCUUUAAAGCAGGAAAGAGCAAAAUAUCACAAGUUAAAAUAUGGAACAGAAUUAAACCAAGGAGAGAUGAAGAUGCCAAGCUUUGAAUCAGACACCAAAGAGUCGGAGGUCUCUGCUGUUCCUGCCAACAGUCAGCUCACGUGGAAACAAGGACGGCAGCUACUGAGGCAGUACCUGCAGGAGGUUGGGUACACAGACACCAUCCUGGAUGUCCGGACUCAGAGGGUCCGCUCGUUACUCGGCCUGUCGGGUUCGGAGCAGAACGGAGCCAUGGAGAACAAAAACCUGCAGCACCUCAUCAACGGGACAGAGCGCUGCAAAGACAGCAAAAGGAUUCCGAGUGACGAUCUGGAGACGUUCAACUUCCUGGAGAACGCCGAGGACAGCGACGAGGAUGAGGAGGGAGACCUGAUGGAUGACAUCAGCACAGACAAACACCACCGGGGCAAAAAACACAAGACCAAGGUUGGGAACGAGGGCUUAGCUUCGGAGGAUGAUGCUGACACAGAGGAAGCCCUGAAGGAGUUUGACUUCCUGGUGACGGCGGAGGACGGAGAAGGGGCGGGUGAAGCUCGGAGCUCUGGAGACGGGACAGAGUGGGUGGAGCCGCUGCCGUUUCCUGCCGGUGGGGGGAAGACCUUCCUACUGGGAGGUUCAGACGACGUGCUGGAAAGUGUGCUGGGUCUGGGCGACCUCGCCGACCUCACCGUCACCAACGACGAGACGGACUUCGGCUACGAUAUGUCGACCAGUAAGGACUCUUCGUUCAGGAAGACGUGGAACCCCAAGUACACGCUGCGGAGCCACUUUGACGGCGUGCGAGCACUGGCCUUCCACCCCGUCGAGCCCUGUCUGGUCACCGUGUCUGAAGACCACACGCUCAAACUGUGGAACCUCACCAAGACCGUCCCUGCCAAAAAAAGUGCCUCUUUUGAUGUGGAGCCCAUCUACACAUUCAGGGGUCACGUCGGUCCAGUGUUGUCGUUGGCGAUGACUGCGAGCGGUGAACAGUGUUUCAGCGGCGGCAUCGACUCCACCAUCCAGUGGUGGAACAUCCCCAGCUCCAACGUGGACCCCUACGACACCUACGAUUCCAGCGUCCAGGCGGGGUCGUGGGCGGGGCAUACAGACGCCGUGUGGGGAUUGGCCUACAGCGGCAUCAAGAACCGCCUCCUGUCCUGCUCGGCUGAUGGGACGGUGAAGCUGUGGAACCCGGUGGAGAAGGAGCCCUGCAUCAGCACUUUCAACGCCAACGCGGAGCACGGUGUCCCCACAUCGGUGGACUUCAACGGCUGCGACCCCGCCCACAUGGUGGUGUCCUUCAACAGCGGAGACGUGGUGGUUUACGACCUGGAGACCUCCCAGAUCGCACUGGUGCUGAAAGGGCAAGGAGACAAUGCUGCCCCGUGUUGGAAUCAUAUCAACAAAGUGGUGAGUCAUCCCACGCUGCCCAUCACCAUCACCGCUCACGAAGAUCGACACAUCAAAUUCUUCGAUAACAAGUCAGGUAAAGUGAUCCAUGCCAUGGUGGCUCACCUGGACGCAGUGACCAGUCUGGCUGUGGACCCUAACGGGAUCUACCUGAUCUCCGGCAGUCACGACUGCUCUCUCCGUCUGUGGAACCUCGACAGCAAAACGUGCGUCCAGGAGAUCACGGCUCACCGCAAGAAGAGCGAGGAGGCCAUCUACGACGUGACCUUCCACCCCUCCAAGGCCUACAUCGCCUCCGCCGGAGCCGACGCCCUCGCCAGGGUCUACGUGUAGAUGAGGAGAGGACGAAGACGACCGCAGGGCGAGAGGCGGGGACGAACGGGCUCGUCUGGGCCACCACAGCCACACUUCAGGUCUACUCAGGUUCCUGAUCAGAGUUUAUAUGAAUACUAAGACUGAAACAAACGCGCACUCAGAUGGAUAAACGGCAAGUCGUCUUGCUGCUGACUGAAGACGAACGACGCGGAGGCAUUCUUUAAACCUGCAGACACACAAAGAGCAGCUCACCCGCACCGCAUGUUGCUCUGUGGCGUCAUCUCCCCCAGAGUCCUGACCUCAGCUCUGACCGCGCCCCACCGCCUCCUCGUAGUCGCAGUAGCGCCAUCCUCUUAUCCACACACGAGAAACGGCAUUUGAAAGGGAAAAAUCCCCAGAAACCACAUCCACAGUCACGACUUUGGUGACUCCCUCUUCUCUGUUCUUGGCAGUGACGUCACAUCCUCUUUCCCGUCGGUGUUCAGCACCCGUAGCCAUGAGACUGUGCUGUAGGGUCAGCAUGUGCUGUUUACACUACGUUUUUACUGCCACUGGAGAUUCUAGCGUGUAUUGGGGAUCAUUUCCACUCGUGUACGGCAGUGAAUGGAGCCACAGGAUGAGCAUCAGUAGCAAUGGCUGGAGCUGGCUGGCACAGAUAAAUAUAUCCCUAGAAAGAAGUAACACGUGCAUUUAUGUCAUAGGAAAACGAGAAUGAAAGAGAUGACUGUUUGAACAAGUGUCGGCGUCUCGGCUGUAGAGUCCAGAUGAUGUGAAUCUCCCAGGCUUUGAACCACGAUGCAGAGUGAACGGUUUAGAUAUUUACGAGCUGUUUUAUGUUCCACUUUAGGGAUGCAGUCAGUUUUUUGGGCACUUCACGGACUCUUAGCGUCGGCUGUAAAACGACUCUGAAAACGCUCUUUUAGAUGCCAACAGCAUCACGAUGUUCCAGCUGCUCUGCAGGAACGUUCCAGCGGUUCUGGAGACCCUC